CCAAAUCUUCAAGUAAAAUCGAGACCUAUGGCUAUUGAUGAAACUUUCAAGCUGUUUGUCAACAGCAAUAGCAAUAAUGUGGAAAAUCUAAUGAAGUGGCUUAAAGAUGCUGGAGUGACGUCCGACGCAGAUGAAGGCACCACCAGAAAGUACUUCGCAAACAGCGCUCCCGAUUCUCAAAAUGUGACACUGUCCCAGUUCAGAGCUGUGCUCUUUUUGGUAGCACAGAGCCAGAAAAUAAACGAGCAGAUCAUAGAAGAUCGUCUGAAAUCAAAGGUCUCAAGUACUCUACAUAUUCCAAAGUGGCAGUCAGAUAGGGAGAGGGAAGCUGCUGCUGAGAGGUACUUUCACAAUUUAUCUGAAACUGGUAAAAUCAUAGACGUUAUGUAUGAAAAACUUUCGGGUGACGGCAAAACCAAUGUGGACGGCAUUGUUCAAUUUCUGAAGGAUUCAACCAUAAUGGACGUUCUUCGCAUAAAGGAGGAUCAAGUGAGGCUGCUGUUGUCCGGUGUGAAAGGCAAGGUGGACCGCAAUCAGUUCAAGGAUCUCAUGUUUAAUUUAGGGCGAUCGAAUGUUCCGUCGCAUCGUUUAUCUUUCAAUGAAACCGGCACCAAUACAUUGUCCCGGGAACAAGACGGAAUUCAAAAAUGCUAUUUUACUGUGCUUUGCAAAAUAGCGAAUAUUAUCGAUGGCAAGUGUGAAAAAUUGGUACAAGAUGGAAAAGCGGGUUGUACCGAGAUAAUACAUUUUCUACAAGACACAACAAUAAUGGACGCCUUACAAGAUAAAAAGCGAGAAAUAUUAGGUCCACCUAUGAGCAAAAGGCGCAGGUCUUCAGUCGUCAUUCGUUCGCCUUCAUCCACCAGCAUCGGGAUACAAGGGGUACAAGAUAAAGGACUGGCACCGUCACCGCCUGCAAAGUCUGUAUCAUCUACAACUCACAUUAAUGCGCCUGCAACUUCAACUACUGGGAAAAGUAAUAAAGGUAUACUACGUGAGUCUACGAGUGCAUCUCGAUUGAGUGGGCAAAAGGAUAAGAAACAAUUGAGUGGGCAAAAGGAUAAGAAACAAUUGAGUGGGCAACGUUUGAGCGGGCAACGUUUAAGCGGGCAACGUUUGAGCGCGCAAAGUUUGAGCGGGCACCGUUUGAGCGGGCAUCGUUUGAGUGGGCACCGUUUGAGCGGGCACCGUUUGAGCGGGCACCGUUUGAGCGGGCAACGCUUGAGCGGGCAACGUUUAAGUGGCCAAAAAUCCAGUUCGCAAACUGGACAAAAAGGAGGAUCAAAGCCAAAGCGUUAGAUUUAGGAGAGAAAUGUCUGUAAGUGAGAGGUAAAGGAU